AUGAUGCUGGCAGAGAGGUGGGUCACCCUCUUCCUGCUUGGCCUCCUGGAACUUGCUGAUACAGGCCAGUGUUUUCCUGGCCGCCCCAUGUGGCACUACAUCUCGUCUGAGGUGGUGAUUCCUAGGAAGGAGAUGCACAAGGGCAAAGGUGUUACGUGGACAGGCUGGCUCUCCUACAACCUGCAUUUUGGGGGCCAAAGACACAUCAUCCACGUGCAGAGCAAAAAACUCCUUUGGUCCAAAAAUAUACUAAUGACAACCCAGGAUGACCAAGGAGCCUUGCAGAUGGACUACCCCUACAUUCCUACGGACUGUUACUACAUGGGCUACCUGGAGGACAUUCCACUGUCUACGAUCACAGUUAACACGUGCCAUGGGGGCCUGGAAGGCAUCAUGAAACUGGAUGAUCUGGUCUAUGAAAUCAAACCCCUCCAGAAUUCCCAAAGGUUUGAACAUGUUGUUUCUCAGAUAGUGGCUGACCGCAGUGCCACAGGCCCCACCUACAAACUGCAACACAAGAAGGAUUUUGUCCCAUUCUUCCAUGAGGUAAAUGACAGCAUGACCUCUAGGAUUUCUAGUUUCAACUAUCUGUAUCAUCAUGCCCAGCUUAAAGGUCAAAUUCAAUUUACCAAUGAAUUGUUCCAAGAUUUUGGUAAUAUUUCCAAAUGUGUUGAAUUUGGAAUAAAUACAUUUAGCAUAGUGGACAGUUUUCUCAGAAGUGUUGCCUUUAGAUACUAUAUUGCUAUCAUAACAGUAUAUGACAGGCAAGACCCAGUUCCUACAAAUGAUUUUCGGGUUCCUGGGAGUGAUUUUCACCUUUAUUAUAGAGAUUCUUUUUAUGCCCCAUUUAGUCUUUCUACAUCCACAGUACUUAGAAAAAGUACACCACAUGAAUCUGAGGUUGUACCUGAGCUAAAUACUGCUUGUCUCUUGACCAGCUUGGUCUUUGCUUCUGUCCGAGGCAGGCAUUAUUUCUUGAUGGCCAUAGUAUGUGCACACCAACAUGGAAGAAUGUUAGGAAUGAAAUACGAUGGGCCUUACUGCACGUGUCAGCGAAGGGCAACCUGCUUGAUGCAGCAAUUACCCGAAUUGACAGAUUCCUUCAGUAACUGUUCCUUUGUAAGUUUACAAGAUUCUGCUCUGAAUGACAGAACAUUUGCCUGCUAUUAUUUGCCAACUAUACUAUACUUGAACAAAACCCUGAUACAGGACCGUUGUGGAAACUCCAUAGUGGAUGCACAGGAGGACUGUGACUGUGGCUCCUUCAAGCAGUGUUAUUCCAAUGAAUGUUGUCAAAACAACUGUCGGUACACCCCUGGGAGCAUUUGUGAUAAACAACAAUGCUGCACAAAUUGCACCUACUCCCCCAGCGGGACCAUGUGCAGACCUGUCAUGAACAUAUGUGACCUUCCAGAGUACUGCUCUGGGUCCUCCUACGCAUGUCCGGGUAACUUUCAUUUGCAAGAUGGAACCCCAUGCACUGAAGAAGGCUUCUGCUACAAAGGAAAUUGCUCUGAUCGCAAUGUGCACUGCAAAGAAAUCUUUGGUAGUGGUGCUAUGAAUGCUCCAGAGGACUGCUAUGAUAUCAAUGGUCAACGCUUCCGGUUUGGAAAUUGUGGUAGAUUGCCUCACAGACAAUUUUACUAUAUUUGUGAUGGAGACAACAAGCUGUGUGGAAGACUGCAGUGCACAAACAUCUCCCACAUUCCAUAUCUGCGUGAGCAUGAGUCAUUCCAUCAGUCUGUGUAUGGUUACAAAACCUGCUUUGGGUUGGAUGAACACCGUGCUAUGGGAUUGAAGGACCGUGGACAGGUGAGAGAGGGCACUCCCUGUGGGAUAAGGCGUUACUGUCUGCAACGUCAAUGCAGUGCCCGGUCAGCUCUCUUUCAUUAUGACUGUUCACCUCAGAAGUGCAAUUUUAGAGGAAUGUGCAAUAAUAGGAAGAACUGCCAUUGCCGAUUUGGCUGGGAACCUCCACAGUGCCUAAAAGCUGGUGCUGGUGGCAGUUCAGACAGUGGGCCCCCUCCAAGAAGACAGCGUUUAAUAAGUAGCAACCUAGAACCUGUUUUCUAUUGGAGAGUGAUCCUUGGUCGUCUGUAUUUUGUCAUUUGGGCACUGCUCUUUGGGGUAGCCACAAAUGUAAGACUUAUUAAGACUACAGUUGUAAAAGAAGCAGAACUUCCCAAGCCAGAAGAAGCAGAACUUCCCAAGCCAGAAGAAGAACUUCCCAAGUCAGAAGUAAAGGAUACACUUCCUGAGCCAAAACCUCAAGAUUAG